AUGUCGACCUUGACAUCAAAGUCAGAUAGGGGCGUGGUUCGAAAUACUAUCGCAACCGUCACUACUUCCUCAGGGGAACAACUUCGCAUAAGUUAUACAGAUCGUCACUGCGCUCCUGAGGCAUGCUUUAGAGGCGUAAUCGUUCUCGUCCACGGCUUUCCCCAAACAUCCUAUCAAUUCCGACAUGUUAUCCAGCCACUUUCAGAUGCUGGAUACCGUGUCAUAGCACCUGACUACCGCGGCGCCGGACAAUCAUCCAAACCCACCAACGGAUACGAAAAGUCUCAAAUGGCAGAGGAUAUUUUCAUGCUUAUCCGCUAUCACAUCGGAAUCAAACGCAAGAUACACAUCGUGGGCCACGACAUUGGAGGCAUGAUCGCUUUUGCCUACGCGUCGAGAUACCCGGAGCAUGUUGCCAGCCUCAUCUGGGGUGAAUGCCCUCUACCCGGAUCCACCUUCUAUGAGCAAGUCAAGAGUAUGCCGGACGCUUUCCACUUCGUGUUCCACCGUAUACUCGAUCUUCCUGAGGCUCUCAUCGCAGGGCGGGAGGCAAUUUAUCUAAAACACUUCUUCGAUAAGCAAUCCUAUAAUGGCGGAGCUAUUACUCAAUUGGACCUGGACUUUUACACCAACGCUUACUCUCAGCCCGGUGCCAUGCGGGCGGGAAUGAAUGUCUACCGUGCGUUCGAGAAAGAUGCGGAAGAGAACAUCAAGUUGAUUGAGGAACGUGGCAAGACUAAAGUCCCAACACUCGGUAUGGCCGCCAACAACUUCAUUUUGAAGGAUCACACCGUAGACAUGAUGGAGGAGAUGCAUAAUGGGGCAGAGAUCACCAUUGUAGAGAACAGCGGUCAUUACAUCGCAGAGGAAAACCCGGAUGGAUUUGUGGACAUGGUCCUGGGGUUCGUAAGCAAGCAUGAAUCGGCAUGAGUGCGAUGGGGUAUUAGUUCAGGUCCGAC